AUGCCGAGAGUUUCAGAAAAGACCAAGGAGAGUGCAGGAGAACCAUGGGUAUUCUUGGGUCUCCUACCCCUCUUUGACCCUCCAAGGCAUGACAGUGCCGAGACAAUUCGCCGCGCUCUUGACCUCGGUGUUAAUGUUAAGAUGAUCACUGGUGACCAACUUGCCAUUGGAAUAGAAAACGGCCGCAGACUUGGAAUGGGAACCAACAUGUACCCUUCAUCCUCCCUUCUUGGCCAAUGCAAGGAUGCAUCUAUUGCAACAAUUCCAAUUGAUGAGCUCAUUGAGAAGGCUGAUGGAUUUGCUGGAGUCUUCCCUGAGCACAAGUACGAGAUUGUCAAGAGGUUACAGGAUAGGAAGCACAUUUGUGGUAUGACCGGAGAUGGUGUGAACGAUGCACCGGCGUUGAAGAAGGCAGACAUUGGUAUUGCAGUCGCUGAUGCAACUGAUGCCGCAAGGAGUGCCUCAGACAUUGUCUUGACAGAGCCAGGAUUGAGUGUGAUCGUGAGUGCUGUGCUGACAAGUAGGGCCAUCUUCCAAAGGAUGAAGAACUACACAAUCUAUGCAGUUUCCAUCACAAUCCGUAUCGUUCUUGGGUUCUUGCUCAUUGCUCUAAUAUGGCAGUUUGACUUUUCUCCUUUCAUGGUUUUGAUCAUCGCCAUUUUGAAUGACGGAACCAUCAUGACCAUCUCCAAGGACAGGGUGAAGCCAUCUCCUGUUCCUGACUCAUGGAAGCUUAUCCGCAUCCUCAAGUUUCUUAUCCGCAUGGGACUCACAGGCAGUGCCUGGGACAACAUGCUCCAAAACAAGACUGCAUUUACAACAAAGAAGGACUACGGGAAAGAUGAGAGGGAGGCUCAGUGGGCAACGGCUCAACGCACAAUGCACGGCCUUCAAUCCCACGAGGCCCCGAAGCACGGUCACCACCAUGACCACUCUGAAAUGGCUGAACAAGCUAAGAGACGUGCUGAGAAUGCUAGGCUAAGAGAGCUACACACACUCAAGGGACACGUUGAAUCAGUUGUCAAGUUGAAGGGUCUUGACGUUGAAACCAUGCAACAACACUACACAGUCUAAAAAAAUAUUUUAACAGUGGAAGAAAAGAGCCGAUUCAUAUUUGUAUAAACAACUGGCUAGCUUAGGCUGCUCAUGAAGAUGUGGUCGGAUACCUCUGGCUUGAAAUUAAUUUAUCCUCUUUUUUGUUGUCCAACAUUUUUUGUUCUUCUUCCGAAAUAUGAGUAAAAAUAUGAUAGAUCUUAUAUACUCCCAAUCCCGUUUUUACAAGGAUGUGAUAAUCACAUUGACACUUAGCAUAGGUUAAUUAGGUUUUGUAAUAACAUAGAUGGCUAUUUGCAGAAGCAAAGGAAAUGCUGUAAAUAAAAUCGAAAGGUUAGAAAACACUAUGUUUAAGCUUUAUAAAGCAAUAAAAUUUAUAUGCAGUUUUUACA